AUGGAAGUCAUCAGCGCAGACCAAACCAUGAACGCAAUAACUCGUGCACAGUUUGAGGAUGUGAUCACUCGCGCUGUGAAUAAUCACAGCCAAAUUUACAACAACUCUUUCGCGCUGAGUGUUCGAUGGGAGCGAGACAAGACGAAUGCCUCUGCAGACCUCGAUCAUUUUCAGGCGAUCCUGAGGACACUAAAUCUUGACCAAGCUGAAGUUGAGAUCUUGGCCGAACACGAUCAGACCCCGGGCUGGACACUUAAUGAAUCAGUACGAUUGAUUUUCCGACUCGCAGCAAACGCACCCGGCAAAUCAAUCGUGCUGAUUCACUAUGCUGGGCACGGAGUUGUUCGAGGGGAACAGCUCUUUUCUGUCGAAGGACUAUCCCGCCGAAGCAUAAACCUUCAAAGAAUCAUCGAUACUGUAGUGGCAGGAGAUUUCCAGGACUUUGACAUCGCAGAUACAGACGCUGUCUUCGUCCUGGAUUGCUGUUACUCAUAUGUGGCAAAGCGAGCGUUAAAUCCUACGACUCGCGUUGUCGAAAUUCUUUCUGCGAGUGAUGAUCACACUCCAGAAGCCCUUAAAGCACCACACAAUACCUUAACUGAAAAGUUGCGGGGCGAGAUUGCUCGACGCAAGAGAGACGGCCACCACUUUGUGGUAUUUUCGGACGCAAUGGCGACUAUUCGAGGGAAUAGCUCGGUUAUCAAGCCAACACAUCAUGUCAAGUUAGGGGCAUCUGUCUGCUUCCCUUUCACUGGCGUCACACGGAUUAACCCGAGCACGAUUGCCCCUUCGCUACGUGCAGUCUUUUCAGUCCGUAUCGCUGAAAAAAUGACCCGGGAACAGCUGGACAGAUUCCUCACUUGGAUUGAGGCCUUUCCGCCUGGGUUCACUAUGGAACUCGACGGGGUCUACAUCACAACCUCGACUCUCCUCAUAUUCCAGAGCGCAUAUGCGUUGUUCACGAAUCAUGCUGGGUAUCCCGGUGUCACCUUUAUCUCGGAUGUGAGAAGCCCGAACCGCCGCCAAUCUCUUGGCCAAGAGCAGUGA